AUGGGCAAUCUCUAUCAAUUUCCUGGUGAUUUUGGUAAAUGGGUGAACAAGUUACAAGAGACAUAUGGCGACAUGUUCGAACUCUAUAUUGGUAGAGAACGCAACAUUUGGCUCAAUCGUGGCGACAUUGUGGAGAAAAUGAUGAUAAACUCUCCAAGGAAUAUUUAUUUGCUGAGAAUGAAUCCUAACGAUGGAUUAGACGAGAUGGAUUUGACAACGAAAGGAUUGGCUUUUAACAGAAAUUUAAAAAAUUGGAAAUUGUACCAGAGCGUGCUGAAUAAGUCUUUGGUUGCACCCGAAUUUCAAAAGGAGACUUUGAAUCUUUUACAGAAAGCUUUUAAAGAAAUGGAAGGCUAUUGGGAAAAGUUGGGGCCUAAUGCCAUCAUCGACGUUCCGCAAUGGAAUUUGAACUUGAUUGGCGAUGUUAUUAUUAAAUUGACUACUGGCAGAAGUCCGUAUUCUCUGACAACAUACUUUAAUGAAGUGUACAAGGGUGAGAAGGCUCCAUACCCUAAAUCAACUCCAUGGGAAGAAACAGCAAAAAUUCUCAAGUGUCUGGAGACGUAUUUUACAGCCGUUCAAUAUUUUUUGUUUAUGCCAUCGAUCUUCAGACACUCUUUGUUUUAUCCAAUGACUAAAAGUCUACUCAAAUCUAUCAAUUGGAAGCAGGAAAAACUGAAAGAGAUAAUUAAGGACAGAAGACAAGAAAUUGCAAUAACUGAUGUUUCAGAGCCUUUGAGAGCGGAUAUAUUGACCAUGUUUAUUACGGCUAACACGAGCAGGAGUAUAAUAGGCAAAACUACAAAAGACGACGAAGCUCGACCAUUAACAGAUGGCGAGAUCGAAGCUAUUUUGUGGGAGACUAUUGGGGGGUCAAUUGAUGUGACGGCACACGUGCUUGGUUAUAUUGUGGAGUACAUGUCAAGACAUCCAGAGGCGAAAGCAAAGAUGAUAACUGAAAUUGACUCUGUAUUCAAUGGCAACACUGAACGGGCUAUCACUUUGGAAGAUUUAGAAAAGCUCAACUAUUGUGAGGCCAUUAUUAAUGAAACUCUCCGCUUAAUUCCGACAGGUCCUCUGUCGUUCCGCAUAAACGCAGAAGAAGAUGUAAUUGGCGGCCAUAUAUGGAAAGAGGGUACUCAGUUCGCGCUCAAUUAUCAUGGUAUGACGACGAAUAAAUCCGACUGGACUGAUGCCAAAAAGUUCCAACCCGAGCGAUUCUUAUCUUCGGCGGCAGUGAAGAAAAUUGCAUUCCUACCAUUUGGUGCUGGUGCUAGAGCAUGUCCGGGAAAGAAGAUAGCCUAUGACAUAUUGAAGACUGAAAUGGCAUUACUUUAUAGAAAGUAUGAGGUGGAUUCGAUUGACCCGACUGCAGAGAUCAAGUAUCAUUAUAAUGUGGUCAACGCCUGUGAUUCUGGUAAAGUUUAUGUUAGAGAGAGAAAUGGUUGA